CUUGCCCCCCAUUGGCUGAGCUCCGAAAUGAGUGCUCUGCUUCUGCUGUUGAUUGGUUUAGUGAGUACAAACGACAUGUCCAGUAAAGACUGCUAUAUGUCCGGACAUCCCGGUGUUCCUGGAGACCCCGGACACAAUGGCAUUCCAGGCCGAGACGGACGGGAUGGAGCGAAAGGCGACAAAGGGGACCAAGGUCCAAUCGGAGUCUGUGGUACACCCGGAAAAGAUGGAAAGAUGGGGGAAAAGGGAGUGGAAGGAGCUGCUGGCAUCCCAGGUAUAAAAGGAAGAAGAGGGGAAACUGGAGAAAGAGGGCCCCCAGGGAAAAUGGGACCUCAGGGGCUGCCAGGGCCUCUAGGCUACAAGGGUCAGAAAGGGGAAUUAGGCCUUCCUGGACCGCAAGGCAUAAAAGGGGAUACUGGCUCUGAGGGACCACAGGGACCUCAAGGAUUAACGGGCCCGCAAGGCGAAACUGGCCUUACCGGCCCCAUCGGACCCACUGGACGGCAAGGCCCCAAAGGAGAAGUUGGGUACCCUGGUGAGAAAGGAAUUUUAGGGCUCCGAGGUGAGAAGGGGCAGCGGGGUGAUACCGGAGAAAAAGGAGAUAAGGGGGAUACGCCCAACCUUCCUAAAAGUGCCUUCACUGUUGGGCUGACAGAGCACACUAAGCUGCCUUCUGCCAAUACCCCGAUCAAGUUUGAUAAGAUCAUUUACAAUCGUCAGAAUCACUAUGACCCAUCCACCGGCCGGUUCACAUGUGCCGCCUCAGGAACGUAUUAUUUCACAUACCACAUCACCGUCUACUCCAAGAACGUUAAGGUGGCUUUAAUGAAGAACGGCACCCCUGUGAUAUACACAAUGGACAAGUACCAAAACAGUGAGGACCAGGCGUCGGGAGGCGCUGUGCUGCAACUCAAGGCCGGGGACAAGGUGUGGCUGCAGGUGUAUGGAGGGGAAUUCUUCAAUGGCCUCUUCGCAGAUGAUGACGAUGACACCACGUUUUCGGGGUUUUUGUUAUUUGCUGACACCCUAACUGACUGCUCCAGGCGGGCACAGGGGCACAUGAGAACUGGCACGCACCGUUCUGCGGUUGAUUGGGGUGCUUGGUUGAUCGCCUAUUCGCGUGACUGCAGCCCCUGCGCUCAGACACACCGUAAAAGGGAAUCGAGAGGACGGAAGGUUAAAGCAGAAGUAAAAGGAAAUGGCGGACAUCCUCAAGAGAUGGCCCAAGUGGCAUUGCUGUAUUUGUGCGCUCUUGUCAAUAUCAUAUCUGUCUACUCGGCGGCGGACAAUCCGUGUCUUGCCGGCAUUCCUGGUAUGCCAGGCUCACAAGGACUUCCGGGCAGAGAUGGCAGGGAUGGAGCAUAUGGACCCAAGGGUGAAAAAGGAGAUCCAGGACCACGUGGAGAAAGAGGUCUAAUUGGCCCCCCAGGUAAAGUUGGACCUCCAGGAUCUUUUAUUCAGCAAGAACAAUUCACUGGAGUAGUUGGAUUCCACGUGGGCCUAAAAGAUGGCUUUCCGACUCCUGGCUCCCCGAUUAUAUUCCCCCAUGUCUGGUAUAAUGACCAAGAGGCAUACAGUACAGAGUCGGGUAAAUUCACUGCCCCUCUUUCUGGACUCUACUUCUUUACUUACCACAUUACGGUUUUCAAAACAGAUAUGUGGGUGACACUAAGGAAGAACAGCAACAUCAUUCAGUAUACGUACAACAGUAACGAUUUUUCCAAAAGCCUCCAUGCCUCUGGCUCUUCUCUUCUGAAGCUGAAUAAAGGAGAUCAAAUCUGGCUUCAAGUCCAUGAAAACCGCAAUGGCCUCUACGCAGACAACGAUGAUGACACCACUUUCACUGGCUUUCUGCUGCAGCAGCUUCCGUCUUAGCGCCCACAUAAGACUAUGAAGCGUAACUAGAGUUCUCCAUGCAUUUCGUGCCCUACACCCUUACCGAGGUAAUGUCCUGCAUGCAGUUUAUGCACAAGGAGGCAUUCUG